UCUCUCCUCCGGAGCUUAUCUCUGUGCGCAUCGUCAGCAUCAGUUUGAAGUCAGUUCUGACAGCCGCUGCCUUGUCCCGUCUCCUCGCUCCCUGUGGUGAACGCACAUUAGAGUUCAUUCGGACUGUGGGCGCGCGUCUGAUCGCUGACUCCAACUUGGGUUGAAGAAAGACGGAGGAAACUCCUCGGGAUUCUCCGCACACCGAGCUUUGAUCCGGAUAUUCUGUCUGAUGUGUUCAAGUGCUUCUUAAGGAGAAUUCUGAGGAGAUUUCUUAUUCUUUCAUUGCUCAAGCAUGAAGCAGCUCGGUGCACCUGUGUACUGAAAAAGCUCCCACUCUGAACUUUAAACUUCCAGUAUGCACCAUGAGCAAAGGUUGUGAGGGCCUUUUUCUGUCGCCCUGUUGUACAGUGAGGCAGUGAGCUCACGGCGGAUACAGCAUGCAUGUGUCGGCGUAUCCCAUGAUGCACUCUGCCAGUCCAGGCCUGCUCCUCCUCAGCUUCCUGUUUCUCGCCGACGCCGACUCACCCCCAAGAUUCACACGAACCCCAGAAGACCAAACGGGAGUCCAAGGCGGAGUGGCUUCCUUUGUGUGCCAGGCGUCGGGGGACCCGCAGCCCAAGAUCGUCUGGAACAAAAAAGGCAAAAAAGUCAGCAACCAGAGAUUUGAGGUGAUAGAGUUUGAUGACGGGUCCGGCUCAGUCCUCAGGAUCCAGCCACUGAGAACCCCCAGAGACGAGGCUAUUUAUGAAUGUCAUGCCUCCAACUCUGCCGGAGAGAUCACCGCCUCCACCAGACUAAAUGUGCUACGAGAGGACCAGCUGCCCUCUGGGUUUCCCACCAUAGACAUGGGCCCUCAACUGAAAGUGGUAGAGCGCUCGCGGACUGCCACCAUGCUCUGUGCUGCUAGCGGCAACCCUGACCCAGAAAUUACCUGGUUCAAGGACUUUCUGCCAGUCAACACGUCCAGUAACAAUGGACGAAUCAAGCAACUGCGCUCAGAGUCCUUUGGUGGCACGCCCAUACGAGGUGCCCUCCAGAUUGAGAUGAGUGAGGAGUCCGACCAAGGGAAGUAUGAAUGUGUCGCCACCAACAGCGACGGAACUCGCUAUUCAACCCCGGCUAAUCUCUAUGUCAGAGAGCUGCGAGAAGUGCGUCGAGUCCCUCCGCGGUUCUCCAUCCCCCCAGCCGACAGUGAGAUUAUGCCCGGGGGGAACGUCAACAUUACCUGUGUGGCAGUGGGCUCACCCAUGCCAUAUGUGAAGUGGAUGCUUGGAGCAGAAGACCUGACACCAGAAGAUGACAUGCCCAUCGGCCGCAAUGUCCUAGAACUGACUGACGUACGCCAGUCCAAUAAUUACACAUGCGUCGCCAUGUCAACACUUGGUGUGAUCGAAGCAGUGGCACAGAUCAUUGUGAAAGCUCUGCCAAAGGCUCCAGGCAUCCCUGUGGUGACAGAGAGAACUGCAACAAGCAUCACUCUCACCUGGGAUUCAGGAAACCCCGAACCUGUGUCCUACUACAUUAUACAGCACCGUGCCAAAGGCUCAGAGGACCCGUAUAAAGAAAUCGAUGGUAUUGCUACGACACGCUACAGUGUGGGCGGCCUCAGCCCGUACUCACACUAUGAUUUCCGGGUGGCAGCCGUCAACACUAUUGGCCAAGGUCCCUCCAGCGAGGUGGUGGAGGCACGCACAGCUGAGCAAGCUCCGUCUUCACCGCCUCGGCAGGUCAGAGGUCGUAUGCUGAGCACCACAACAGCAAUCAUCCACUGGGAUGAGCCAGAGGAGCCUAAUGGACAGGUGGUGGGCUAUAGAGUCUACUACACCUCUGACAACACACUGCAAGUCAACCAGUGGGAGAAGCAGAUGGUGAUUAGCGCCAACUUCAUCACCAUCAAGGGUUUGACUCCUAACAAGACUUAUUACAUCAAAGUCCUGGCCUUCACAUCUGUUGGGGAUGGACCCAUGUCCCAGGACCUCCAGAUUAUAGCCAAGACUGGAGUUCCUUCCCAGCCUUCAGAGUUUAAGGGUGAGGCUAAAUCAGAGACCAGUAUCCUGUUGUCCUGGGUGGCCCCCCCACAGGGCGGUCCUGACAACCAGAUCACAGGUUAUGAACUGGUUUAUCGACGAGUUGACGACACAGAGGAGAAGAAAGUGAACUUUGAGCCAACAACUUCCUACCUGCUGAAAAACCUGAAGCCUUUCUCCACCUACACCUUCCAGUUAGCUGCCAAGAGCAAGCACGGAAUUGGAGCUUAUACCAACGAGAUUACCAUUGACACGCCGCAGACGCUUCCUUCAGCGCCUCCACAGGACAUCACGUGCACCACGCCAAGUUCUACGAGCAUCCUGGUAAGUUGGACUCCGCCCCCACUGGAGUUUCAGAAUGGCAUCAUUACGGGAUACGCUAUCCAGUACUCCACCACAGAGGGCAACAAAACUUCAAAAAGAGUCAAUGGAAUUCCACCAGAAAGUUCACCGUUCCUCCUGGAGAACCUGGAGAAAUGGACCGAAUAUGGCAUUACGGUCCAGGCGCAGACGGAAGCCGGGGAUGGACCGGAAAGUUUGCAACUCCUUAUCCGCACUGAGGAAGAUGUUCCAAGUGGUCCACCGCGAGGGGUGGAGGCAGAGACUGUGAACGCCUCAGCCGUUAGGGUGACAUGGCGAGCGCCAGCGCCUGAACGGCAGCACGGUCAGAUCCGGGGCUACCAAGUCCACUAUGUCAGGAUGAAGUACAGUGAGCCUCAGGGUCAGUCUCUCAUCAAGGACAUCCUCAUAGAGGACUCUCAGAGGGAAUAUGAUGAUUCCGAUGAAUAUGAGGCUGUUCUUGGAGACCUGCAGGCAGAUACUCCGUACUCUGUAUCAGUAGGUGCUUACACCGCUAAGGGUGACGGCGCUCGCAGCAAACCCAUAACCGUCUGCACUGCCCUGCCACUGCCUGAGAUGCCUAAGCUGGUGGUGAGUGUCGCUGAUCCUCGCACGUUCCUGCUUCAGUGGUACCCACCUCCUGAUCCGCCUACCCCACUCCUGGGAUACCGCCUCACCUUCGGGCGUGUUGACGUCCUUCCGCUUACAGUGGUGGAAUUUCCUGCCAAUGAGAAUCGUUACUCCGCCCAAGACAUUCAGAAGGGUGCUAGCUAUGUAUUCCGGCUUUCUGCCCGAAACAAAAUGGGUUAUGGAGGAGAGGCAGUGAAGGAGGUGACUACUCCAGAAGAUGUUCCUACUGGGUACCCUGAAAAUAUCAUCUGUGAGGAGGCCUCAACCACCUCCCUCAGGCUGGCGUGGAAAUCAGUCCCGCUUAUUGAGCAAAAUGGGAAAAUAGUGACGUACUCAGUUCUGUACAAGGAUAUAAACAGUCGCGGGAACGCCUCUGAGGUUUUGGUGGCAGCUCCAGAGUCGAGUGUUUUGUUGGAAGGCCUGAGUGCUGAUACUGUGUAUCAAGUCAGGGUAUGCGCGCUCACGGCUGUUGGCGCCGGGCCGUACAGCCCCAGUGUCCAGUUUAGGACACAGCGGCUGAACCAAGUUUUUGCUACUAACUUCAGAGUGAAGGCUGCCAUGAAGAAUUCUAUUCUUCUGUCAUGGGAGAUUCGAGACAAAAACCCUUCUCAGCCCUUCACUAUCCUGUAUGGAAAGGGUCAGUCUGUGGAAGUGGAUGGGAAGCUGACCCAGAAACUGAUCACUGGUUUGGAGCCAGAUACCCAGUACUCUUUUCUCCUCACCAACCGAGCCAACAGCGCCGGGGGCCUACAGCACCGCGUCACUGCCACCACUGCCCCCGACAUCCUAAAAACCAAACCCAUCGUUGUGGGAAAGAUCAACGCUGAUGGCAUAGUGACGGUGCAACUCCCGUCUGUGCAAACCACAGCUCAAGUCAGGGGCUACUAUCUGGUUGUGGUACCACUGAAGAAACAGAGAGGAGGGAAAUUUCUUAAUCCCUGGGUAGACCCUGACCAGAUGAACAUGGAUGAGCUUCUGAAAGAAAUCAACAGGACUAGUGUCAGCCGCGCCCUCCGUGUCCGCAGACAGGCUAGCCUAUCAGAUCCCAAGGCCUAUGUUGGUGCCCACUUUAAGACGCUCCCUUUGGAAUUUACAUCAGGUGACGGGCAAAAUUAUGGUGAUUUCCGCAAUCGUCCACUCCUGAAUGGACAGGAGUAUGUGUUCUUUGUUCUUGCUCUAUUGGACCUCUCUGAAAAUACCAUGUACGCCACCAGCCCUUUUUCUGACUCUGUGACUUCAUCUGACGUGGAUCCACAGCCAAUCAUUGAUGAGGAGGAGGGGCUAUUGUGGGUGGUGGGGCCUGUGUUGGCUGUCAUCUUCAUUGUGUGCAUCGUCAUUGCCAUUCUUCUUUUCAAGAGCAAACCUGACAGAAAAAGAGCUGAAGCUGAGGGCAGGAAGGGUAGUUUUCCCUGCAGCAAAGCCAUGUCAUCGCAUCAUCCUACGGACCCUGUGGAGCUACGCAGGAUCAACUUCCAAACGCCAGCAUAUCGUGUAUCCGUGUACCGUGGUUAUCGUCGUUUGUCAAGCAUGGCAAGUCACCCACCCGUCCCAAUCUCCGAACUGUCAGAUCACAUUGAGCGCCUGAAGGCAAAUGACAAUCUCAAGUUCUCUCAAGAAUACGAGUCGAUCGACCCCGGUCAGCAAUUUACAUGGGAGAACUCAAAUCUGGAGGUCAACAAGCCGAAGAACCGCUAUGCUAAUGUCAUUGCUUAUGAUCACUCCAGGGUUAUACUCUCAAGCAUUGAAGGUGUACCAGGGAGUGACUACAUCAAUGCCAACUAUAUUGAUGGCUACCGUCGUCAGAAUGCCUACAUUGCCACUCAGGGCUCCCUCCCUGAGACCUUCGGUGACUUUUGGCGGAUGGUCUGGGAACAACAUACAGCCAACGUUAUCAUGAUGACCAAGCUGGAAGAGAAGUCACGGGUGAAGUGCGAUCAGUACUGGCCAACGCGGGGCACAGAGACCUACGGGCUGAUCCAGGUCACUCUGCUGGACACAGUGGAGCUGGCCACCUACUCCGUCAGGACCUUCGCUCUUUACAAGAGCGGCUCCAACGAGAAACGUGAGGUUCGUCAUUUCCAGUUCACAGCCUGGCCAGACCAUGGGGUGCCAGAACACCCCACCCCUUUCUUGGCCUUCCUACGCAGGGUCAAAGCAUGCAACCCUCCAGAUGCAGGGCCAAUGAUCGUCCACUGUAGUGCUGGAGUCGGACGCACGGGCUGCUUCAUCAUCAUCGACGCCAUGACGGAGCGAAUCAAGCAAGAGAAAACCUUAGACAUCUACGGCCACGUCACGCUGAUGCGCUCCCAGAGGAACUACAUGGUCCAGACGGAGGACCAGUACAUCUUCAUUCAUGAUGCACUGCUGGAGGCUGUGACCUGUGGGAACACUGAGGUCCCCGCUAGGAACCUGUACUCCUACAUCCAGAGGCUGACGCAGAUUGAACCAGGAGAGAACAUCACCAGCAUGGAGUUGGAGUUCAAGCGUCUGGCAAGUGCCAAAGCCCAUACUUCACGGUUCGUGAGUGCCAACCUGCCGUGCAACAAGUUCAAGAACCGGCUGGUGAACAUCAUGCCCUACGAGACCACACGUGUGUGUCUGCAGCCAAUCAGGGGAGUGGAGGGAUCCGACUACAUCAACGCCAGCUUCAUCGAUGGGUACAGGCAACAGAAGGCCUACAUCGCAACCCAAGGCCCACUGGCUGAGACCACAGAGGACUACUGGAGGAUGUUAUGGGAGCACAACUCCACCAUUGUAGUCAUGCUAACCAAACUGAGAGAAAUGGGACGGGAGAAGUGUCACCAGUACUGGCCUGCGGAGCGCUCAGCCAGGUACCAGUACUUUGUGGUGGAUCCUAUGGCUGAGUACAACAUGCCCCAGUACAUCCUCAGAGAGUUCAAAGUCACCGAUGCCAGGGAUGGCCAAUCACGGACGGUUCGUCAGUUCCAGUUCACUGAUUGGCCAGAGCAAGGAGUGCCAAAGUCAGGGGAGGGAUUCAUUGAUUUUAUUGGACAGGUGCACAAAACUAAAGAACAGUUUGGCCAAGAUGGACCCAUUACUGUUCACUGCAGUGCUGGAGUCGGGAGGACCGGGGUGUUCAUCACCCUCAGCAUCGUGCUGGAGAGGAUGCGGUACGAGGGUGUGGUUGACAUCUUCCAGACUGUCAAGAUGCUGCGUACGCAGCGACCUGCCACCGUUCAGACGGAGGACCAGUACCAGUUCUGUUAUCGGGCCAGUCUGGAGUACCUGGGAAGCUUUGAUCACUAUGCAACAUAAAGACAGUGGUUGUUUCUCACCCCACAUCCUCCCUAGUGCAAAUGUUCUUCAGACCCGCAGCGCUUGAGUGGACGCACUAGGCUGUGGUGCAGAUUUGAGAUUUUUUUUUUUUUUUACCACCACAUGCAGAGUGAAAGGGGUUUGUUGGUUUAUCCUGUACCCAGAAAACAGCACCCCAAACUGAGCCAUAGCAACCUGCUUGACAAGGGCGUUUGCUUUCGCCCUCAGUCCAAACACACCAACUGAUCAGUCUGAAGACGCAAGUUCAACCGUUGUUCCAAAUGAGAUACUUCAUCAAACAUGGAUUUUGUUCAUUGCAGAUGACACAGACUGCUUUAUGUUUAGUUUUGUUUUUUCCAGGGUGUGGAACUCACCUCAUAAAAAUCUCCAGCGUAGCAUCACCCACGGGAAAUUUUUGAGGGAUUUGGGAUUUUUUGUUUUGUUUUGUUUUGUAUCUUUAGACUUUCUAGAAAUGUGUAGAAUCCACUUUAGGGAAGAAGCCUGGUGGACUGGAAGAGCUGGUGACCGAAUAACUGGACCUCCGAGAGUCACCAACGGGGGACUGAAAACACGGAGCACAAAGUAUUAAAGACAAAGAACACCCCUCCACCCCCGCUCCCACACCCUAAAAAAGACACUAUUGGGAAACAGACUCUGGUUUCCUCGGAAUGAAAAGAGAAGAUAUUUGUAUCACAAAGUAAUAGAAAAAAACCCACCAGUUCAACCUUAAUUCUUCACUAUUUAAGAUAAGGGAAAUUUCAGAGUUGUUUAAAAUGCGUACCACAAAGUAAAAACAUUGAUUUAGUUUUUUAGAAAAAUAUAGAUAUGUAAUUAUCAUUUUUUUAAAAACUGAUUAAUCCUGACAGCAUGUUGUUUAGUUCUGACUCGUUUUGUUCCCGAUGGCCACAGGAAAGUAGUUGCGUUUUAGUUUUUUGUUAAAAUUUUUUAUUUAGGUGAUAUGGUAGUGUUUUUAACGUGUACAAUCAGUGUGAAAAUGUUGAAAACACUGCACAUUUUCACGCACACGGUACUCUUCAACAUAGUUUGUGUGCCCUGCAAGAUCGGUGAGCCUGGCCGUUGAAUUUUUACAGGUUGCGGAUGUUACAGCAGGAAAACCUGUCAUUCGCCAAGCCAAGCAGCAUGCAAGGAAAGCAAAAUUGGUAAAUAAUAAUUUAAAAAAAAGUUAUAUUUGUGUGUCCAAAUAAGUUCACGAAUGCCAGAAAAAGGGUGCAGAAAACGCCUGAGGAGGUUAGGUGUUGUUUUCUCACAGGAAUGCUCACCUACGUCUUUUCCUCAGUCAGAUUCCGUGUGCAAUAAGUCGAUGUUUUCUGUGUUGUUUGUGUCACGUCACUAACUGCAGUUUUGCGCCAUUACGAAGCUCAAGAUACCGAUGAAGAUGUUACCACUGUCCUGGCACGAGGAUGUUACAAUGUAGUUUACACCACUAUUUAGUGUGUCCAAACAGGAGGAUCUGUGUCCUCUACCAUCAUCACCAUGUCCAGCAUCAACGAUGUCAUCCUCCUGUGUGUCACAAUGUCACGGCAACCAACGAAUGAUCGUAUUUCAGCAGCAUCUAAUAAGUAUUAUGAUUUCAAUUUCUAGUGCCUUAUAUUACACGCCUAUUUUGAUAAAGUUCCUUUGAAGGGUUUUUGUGUAUUUUAUGUAUGUAUCCUCAGAUGUAAACAGAAUGUUGGUGUAUAUGAUUUUUGUUGCAUUCCAGUAUGUGAAAGUAACAUGUUUUUAUUUUGUUGGUUGUAAAAUUUUGUACACAUGGUUGAAUAUUACCCUACAGCAGCAUCAUCGACAACCAGAGAGGAAAGUAUAAAAAAAAAAAAAAGGUUUCAAAAUAGACUGUAAGGAAGAUGGAGUUUGUCAGAAAUUUUCCGACUUUGACAGCUGCCCGGCUUGUCUUCUGGAAUUAUCACACGUCAGAUAGAACUCCACGUUUGCUCGAAUGAGAAGCCACGUGGAUGCACUUGUGUGUCCUCCCUGAAAAUCAGCAGAACUGUUCACUCUCCGUUCUUGUCUUGUCUGCAUUUAUAUAUCGAAUUCUUCGUUUGACAACAAAACUGAGAGGCGUUCAGGUGCUAUGUCUCUGACAGAUUCCCCCACCAUCUCCAUUUAUGCUUGACCAUAUAAAGGAUUGUUGACCAUUUCAGGCCAUUUUGCAGUUGUUGUAGUUUUUUUGAAUGCAUGGUACCACUUUUGCGAUGCCCCUUUGGUCACACCUGUAACGGGAAGACUUGCACUUUCUAUCUUUGUACUAUGCACUAAGAUUAGUAUCCAGUCAUCUCUGACUCCCCUCCUCCCUCCCAAAACAAGGAGUUUACUUGAACUCAGUAUCGAUCACAGUUGUGUAUAUGUAAAUAACACAGGACACAGAGUAAAACUGAGAAAUGAUGAAGUAAAUGAUUAUGGUAAAGAGUGAUUUAGUCUAUAUAGAAGUGAUAUAAUUCCCAGAAUACACCUGAAAUCACAGUUUAUGGCACAGCAGUAAUGUGCAACACAUCACAUUGUGAAGUUGGUGUGCCACAAAUCAAAACGUUCACAAAAAGAAGUGUUAUAUUUUGCCCCCCGACGUAUCAUGUUGAUGGAGAAAAGUGAAUUUUAUGAAUUGUAUAAAAACAAAAUUAUGUGUUACUUGGAUCAGGUACCUCCAGUCGCUUUGUAAAUGUAAACUUGUUUUCCGCUCCGAGUCAACAAGUGUUUUUUUUUUUUUGUUUGUUUUUUCCUCCCUUACAUUAGUUUUCGGAGCGUGUGACACCGAAAAACAGGACUGUAUGAGUUUCUGUUCUUUGUUGACACAAGUUUUAUUUGUUACAAAUAAACUCAAGUGAAAUAAU